UGGAUAUUAUGUGGGUGGGUACAACAGCCAAUAACUAGAUGUAGAGAGAUGCAGUUAAAUGAAGAGAUAAAAUUAUUUUUUCACAAAUUACGACUGAAUAAAAGUCAUAUGUUACAUGCGGAAUAUUAAAAGAACACACAUUCACCUUAUCGUGAUAUAAGUGCGGAGCAUAACCUUUCUUUAUGUUAAUCAACAUUUGUUGUCUCUUGAAGGGUGUAACUGAACUCAAACAUGGAAAACAAAUAAACAAUGAUUCAAUAGACCAUUAAGCAAAUAUUGAAAUACCUGAAACGAUCACAAAUAAAAACCCGAAACGAAUCAUAGAAAUCAAUUUCUUCGAAUAUCAUCAAUGUUUACAUGAAACAUUUUUCCGUGAAUUUUUUUUUGAAAAGAAAAGAAUUCUUAAAAAGGGUAUAAAAAGGUUAAACUAUAAAUUGAUAGCGGACAGUAAGAGCAGAAACGUUGUCACGAUUUGAGAGACAUGUUCACUCUAAGAAAUUUUCGGAUUUUAAUACUGACGAUAGGAAUUUUAGAAAGUAGCGUAACUUCGGAGACAACAACGAACGAUGAAAUGAAAUUGUUCGAAGCGCGCUCACCCAGGCGAGGUGGUCUCUUUCAUAUCUGCGGCUCUAAUGCGUAUGCCGACGAAGGCAGCUCUUCUUGUAUGUCCCGCUCAAAGUGUGUAAGCCAAGGUGGAAAAGUCAAAGGAUUUUGUAAUAUUUAUGAAGUUUGUUGUGAAACUAAAGUUGAUUGCAAUUCGAUAAUUAAAGAAAAACGAGUAGUCAUUAAAAGUGCUGCUCUAGAAAAAAUCCCAAGUUCCUGCUCAUAUCGUAUACAGCGGUUUAGCACUCAAGUCUGCCAGGUACUGAUUGAAUUCAAAACAUUGGAACUUCAACCGCCCAUCUUGGACGCUACGCAAAGCUCUUUAGAGUGUGAGGAUCAUGUGGUUAUAGGAGAUUUUAUGCUGUGUGGUGAAAAUAGUGGCCAACAUUUGUAUGUGCCUUACGAUGGCAGUAAGGAUGAUACCGAACUAAUUAUUAAAUUCGCUCUCCCUAAUAAAUGGUCGCAGAGUCAAUGGCAUUUAAUUGUCACGCAGUUACAGUGUCCAAGAACGAAUGAAAAUAAAAAACGUUCACCAAGUUAUAUGCCAUUCAUAAAUAGCAACAAUUUGGAGAAUUUAAGGACCAUGUUUACAAUACCUUACAAUUCAAAUAGCAAGAAUACUCUCGACGAUAUCGAUUUGUUAGCUCCAUUAGGUUGCAAUCAAUACUUCACGCAAUCGGAGGGGCAAAUAAAAAGUUUUAAUUACAAGUCCGACGGCAGCGGUUACUAUUUAAGUAAAAUGAACUACGUAAUUUGCAUAAAACCAGUAAAGGCGGCUAAUAUGAUACAAUAUCAAGUUGAAAAGUUUUCCUUAUCUAAACAAAACACCGAAGAGCCCGGCUUCGAUAAUAAUUGUCACAGUUAUAAUCAAGUUAACGGAGAUGAUCGUCGUGAAGACUACCUAAUGAUACCGCAAUCAUCUCUUACGGCUAACGGUACCAUUAUCAUGGCCACUCAUUAUUGCGGCCAAUCACUCGUGAAAGGCUCUUCCGUAAUCGCUUCGCCUCCUUAUGUUUUGUAUUUUUCUAGUGACGGUCACAGUAAUGAAGUAGAGUCUGCCAUCACUACCAUCACUACCGCUAAUGCCGCGACUGGCAAUUACAAUAAUAACCGCAAAAAGUCAUUUAAAAUUAUGAUGUUGCUGACUGACCAACAACUGUGA